AUGGUCCUGAUGGAGAUGGGCCGGGCAGGGAAGUUCCUGAAUGAAUGUCCCAGUGGACUGAUCACCCUCCAUGAGUUCAGACGGCACUUCUGCAAGGGAACUGUGGGAAAAGAGUCAGCAGAGUAUGCAGAGCAGAUAUUCCGCACGCUAGAUAACAAUGGGGAUGGAGUUGUGGACUUCAGAGAAUAUGUGACAGCUAUCAGCAUGUUGAUUGAGGGCACGACGGUGGAGAAGCUGCGCUGGUCCUUCAAACUCUAUGACAAAGACAAAGAUGGAGCCAUCACACGCUCGGAGAUGCUGGAAAUCAUGCAGGCUGUGUACAAGAUGAGCGUUGCAGCAUGUCUGACCAAACCUGAUCCACUGACUGCUGAAGAAUGCACCAAUAGGAUAUUUGUACGGCUGGACAAAGAUAACAAUGCCAUUAUCAGUCAAGAGGAAUUCAUUGAAGGUGCACUGAAUGAUGAAUGGAUCAGAGAGAUGUUGGAGUGUGAUCCAAAAACAGUGAAGAUGGAGAGGCCUCUCAAAGGCAAUGCAAUGCUGUAAAUCUGUGGGUCUGUUUACAUUCAGUAUAAUGGAGAUCAUGGCUGUUACAGUAUUUAUUGUGAUGGGGCUGUUGUGAAUGCCUUAAAGAUGAGACGUUCAUGCAUUCCUCAGUAUGAUCAUUUUAAAUUAAUGGAAUAGUUCACCACAAAAUGAAUAUUUGCUGAAAUUUACUCAC